AUGGCAGCUUUCGCGCGAAAGAGCUUUCACAAGCUGCUUUUCUCGCUCUUUGAGUCCGCGAUCAUCGGUUUAUCAACGCGCGCGUAGAUUUUGGUUUAAUAUUGUUUAUAAUAGAAAGUGAAUGACAAUGUCUCUUUUUAACGUGCGACAAUUCUUCAGUACAUUAUAUCAACGUUACAUGUUCUCAUUACCGACGAUACACUUUUCUCGUACGCAAAAGAUUUUUAUCAUCUGCUUUGCUAGUGGUUCAAUACUAUUGGGAGGAUUGGCACAGUUUUUGAAAAGACGACGAAGACAUCCUCUUCCACCUUCCAGGAGACUUUUCAGAGAUUAUAAAACAAGAUUAGCAAGCGCUAAGAACUCUAAUUUUGAUGUACUGUCGCAAGCAUCUUGGGCAAGAAGAAGCGAAGCCAGUACUAGAAGUCAUAUCAGUGAUCGUGCAUCGCUUAUUUCUUCUGUACCAGGAGGUCCAGACGAUGAUGUAAGACUUACUCCGCAGCAAUAUGGCGUUCUUGGACUCGAGGCGCUGGAAAAGGCGCUCUACUGCUGGGAAGACGCGCUCACCGCGUUUAGCUCGACCCUAAGCAAUGACAUCCUGGCUCUGCCGUCAAAAGCCGACGCGGCGUUCACGCACGACGUGCAGGAAUUGCUCGACAUGGGUUAUCAAAUUCAGAAUCACGCAGAAUUGCUCUUCCUCGAUCAGCACUCUGUUUUAUUUCGCAAUGAAAGCGAGGAAAGUCUCAAUAAAACUUCGAAUGUCGGGACACGGAUGUCUGGCAUCAGGGAUAAAGCUGAUGCUGCAUCGUCGCCCGAAUCGUUUGAAUCUGCACGCGAUGGGGUUGCGGAUUUGCGCGAAUUCGAAGAAUUUUCAGAACUCUUUCCACAUUUUGAGAAGCAAAAACUUUAUCAUGCAGCUCUUAAACAAUACGAGGACAAAGGUAUUCCUUGCAGGAGAUUGCACACGGAACUUGUAAAAUGCGGUUCAGACGUAGAAUAUUUAGCGAAAGUGUACUGCUUACGUCAGGCCUAUACAAAAUUAUUUAACUCACCCGCAGCAGCAGCAUUUAUGGCGGAUAUAGGUCGCCAAGUUAUUAGCGAUUUAAUUAUAUACGCAGAUAGGGAACCUAAAGACUAUCUGCUGCAUUACGAGCGUAUGUUGGAGUUUUUGCGAGAACCGCGCAAUCAUAGUAUUAUGGAAGAAGAAUUGAUCGCGCGAGGUGUCAAGUGCAUGAAUUUCUAUGAUGUACUCAUUGAUUUUAUACUCUUAGACGCAUUCGAGGAUGUGGAGAAACCAUUACCACCCAUCAGAGCUAUAGUUCAAAAUAGAUGGGUGUCUGCCAGUUUUAGAGAAACUGCGAUAGGAACGGCAGUCUGGUCCGCUCUCGCAGGUAAAAGAAGGAUGUUGAAAUAUGAUCGAGGCUUUUUAGCACACUUUUAUGCGAUCUCCGAGCAUGUCAUACCAGUCCUCGCUUGGGGAUUCUUAGGUUCCGAAGGCAGUCUACGUUCUACUUGUCAUUACUUUAGGGAUCAAGUGAUCGAGUUCCUUGUAGAUAUAUUUAAUUUUUUUAAGGUGCGGUAUACCACUGUUGACGAUCUUGCUGCAGAUAUACUUAGGGAAAUGAAGCUAAGGGUAGAUAAUAUAAAUCAAAGAUUGUCAUUAGAAGGUUGCUAGUCAUAUAAAACAUAUACAGACAAUCGUUAAUGCAAUAUACUAAAUGGAAUUGAUAUAUUGCAAAUUGUAUAUGUGAAAGUGGUAUCAAAGAUUCAAACCUACAUUGUAAAGAAAAAUGUCAUAAUGCCAACAACAUUAACGAAAUUAAAUCCACGAUUUGAUUAAGUUUGUAGAUAAUAUAUUACUGCAUUUUAAUUUUCAUUGCCGCACCCGUCAGUAAUUACAUAAAGAGUAAUUACUAUAAUAAACAGUCUAUUUCUGAAGUUAUCUUGUGAAGUAAUGCUGGGCAAAAACAUUGUGCACUCUUGUGUUGCCAUUAAUUUCAUUAAAAAUUUCACAUGUGUAUAUUAAAUUUUAUUAAGUAACUAAGUAAGUAAUUGCAUCAAUUUCGAAAUAAGUGUUAGUAGUUUCUGACAUCCAUUUUUACGGAUUAAGAGAAUAGUAAUAUUCAAUAUGGAUUAAUAUAAAUACAUAAAUGAUAUAUAAAUGAAAAUCAUAUUUAUAAAAAAACCUUUAUUUAUAAUAUUCAAAGAAUUAGCUCAUCUUGCGCACAAUUAAAUAUAUGACAUUUAUUUUUAAAUUAUAAGUAGACAUUAAUAAAAUUAUGAUAUAAUUUUUGUAGAUAUUUUAUAAAUUAUAUUGUCAUUUCUUGAAACUAUUAUAUAAU